CUUACAAUUUCAUAUUUUUUUCUUAUUUAUAAAUAUGAGUUAUAAUAGAGCACUUUCUACACCCCCUCCCGAGCCUAUUGAAACAAAAGUCAAGUAUACAAAGAAAGCCAGACAUGGUCAUGGUAAAGAUGUUAUCGACUCCCACAACAUUAGACAAGUCGCCGGUUGCUUACCGAUUGAUCCUGCUGGCAAACGCAUUCUAUUGAUAUCCUCAAGCAAAAAUCCAGAACAUUGGGUUAUUCCUAAAGGUGGAUGGGAAAUUGAUGAAACUCAAGAACACGCAGCACUUCGAGAAACCUGGGAAGAAGCAGGGCUCAAAGGACGUAUUAUUCGACGAUUGGGGAUAUUCGUAGAACGUGCGAACAAGAGAAUCAAAGCACAUCACUGGAUAUUUGAGAUGGAAAUAGAUGAAAUUGCAAAGAAAUAUCCCGAACGUCAAAAGAGAGAUCGUCGUUGGUUUACAUAUGACGAAGCCUUGUUGGCAACCCAGAAUAAUGAAUACAUUCAAGAAGCAAUUCGGGUUUCAAGUUUAAACCCAUUAUCAACACCUCGUUCUUCAAUAGACGUACAGGUUUCACCCACUACCCCUACAGCCACUGAAGAUUUAAUGCACUCAGAAACACCAAAGAAAAAAUCGAUGGAUGGUUUCGAAACCUUGAAAGAGCUGAUGGAAAACACCACCAUAUCCUCUUAGAUGUUUUAUUUUUAUUUAUUUUAUUUUUAAUUUAUACACAUAUACCAUUUCUUUUGUUUUUCUUUCAUGCCCCGCGCAGACAACAUAAUAAAAUUAUUUUAAGACAAUUAUUUAUUUUCUUUCAUCAUACAUACGCAAAUUUAAGGUUGGCAACGGGAAAACUGCGCUUUAUUUCUAGUGCCCCGAUUUUAGCUUUACGACACAUGUUUUGCCAAAACGUAUACAUC